AUGCGGCGCGGCGCCACAGGACACUGGGCAGGAGAUGCUGCUUGCAAGUUCCCUUCGGCUGGAAGCAAGCCGCAGGCAUCCCAACCUAGGGCUGCGAUGAUGGCCUACAUGUCUGACUCGUCAUCCGAUGAUGGUGACUGUGUGAUCCUGACCCAUGGACACAGCAGUACACCGACGGCCAUGAUGGGUUAUUCGGUUGCAAGAGGUAGACCCAAGGGCGCCCCAAAACCAACCGCCAAGCCAUCAGUUCCAGUGCCGUUGCUCGUGGCCGAAAGAGUUGAGAACACAGACCCCCAAACAUUGCAAGUGGUUACCAAUCUGACUGGGGAUGGUGCCGGUGAUCGCAUGUCAAGUGCUGAAAUCCAAGCCGUGUUGGCCGUAUUCACUCAGAGCUUGCUUGACUCAGGCCCGAAGUCACCAGCAAACCUUCACAAAGAGCUGGAUGACGCGAUCAUCGAGGUGAUGGCGGUGCAGGACCCGGAAGCCUACCCACCAGAUUCCGAUGACCCAGAAGAUUGA